UGGCGCGCGCCGGCCGGGCCGCACCGCUGCGGGCUCGGCGCGCGCGGGCCAUGUCCGCCUUCUGCCUGGGCUUGGCCGGCCGAGCUUCAGCACCCGCCGAGCCGGACAGCGCCUGCUGCAUGGAGCUGCCCGCUGGGGCCGGGGACGCAGUCGGGAGUCCCGCCGCCGCCGCCACCACCGCCGCCGCCGCCGCCGCCCUCGUCUCCUUCCCCGGGUCCCCCGGGGAACUGGAACUGGCCUUAGAGGAGGAGCUGGCGUUGCUGGCGGCCGGGGAGCGGCCGUCCGAUCUCGGGGAGCAUCCUCAGGCGGAGCCGGGGUCUCCGGCUGAGGGGCACGGACCGCUGUCGCCGCCGCCGCCGCCGCCUACCCAGGAUCCCGAGCUGCUGUCGGUGAUCCGACAGAAGGAGAAGGACCUGGUGCUGGCGGCCCGGCUAGGCAAGGCACUGCUCGAGAGGAACCAGGACAUGAGCCGACAGUACGAGCAGAUGCACAAGGAGCUGACCGACAAGCUGGAGCACUUAGAACAAGAGAAGCAUGAACUGAGAAGACGCUUUGAGAACCGAGAAGGGGAGUGGGAAGGACGAGUGUCGGAGCUGGAGACGGACGUGAAGCAGCUGCAGGACGAGCUGGAGCGGCAGCAGGUUCAUCUUCGGGAAGCAGACCGAGAAAAAACCCGAGCCGUCCAGGAGCUGUCAGAACAGAACCAGAGGCUGCUGGACCAACUCAGCAGGGCAUCCGAAGUUGAGAGACAGCUCUCCAUGCAGGUCCACGCACUCAGAGAAGACUUCCGGGAGAAAAAUUCAUCCACUAACCAGCACAUAAUCCGGCUGGAAAGCCUUCAGGCCGAGCAGGUUCUUGAAAUCAAGAUGCUGUCAGAUCGGAAACGGGAGCUGGAGCAUCGGCUCAGCGCCACCUUAGAGGAGAACGAUCUGCUUCAAGGGACCGUGGAGGAGCUGCAGGACCGGGUGCUGAUCCUAGAAAGGCAGGGCCACGACAAAGACCUGCAGCUGCACCAGAGCCAGCUGGAGCUCCAGGAGGUGCGGCUCUCGUGCCGGCAGCUGCAGGUCAAAGUGGAGGAGCUCACGGAGGAGAGGAGUCUGCAGAGCUCCGCUGCCGCCAGCACGUCCCUGCUGUCGGAGAUUGAGCAGAGCAUGGAGGCCGAGGAGCUGGAGCAGGAGCGGGAGCAGCUGAGACUGCAGCUCUGGGAAGCCUACUGCCAGGUCCGCUACCUCUGCUCCCACCUGCGCGGGAACGACAGCGCCGACUCGGCCGUGUCCACGGACUCCUCCAUGGACGAGUCCUCCGAAACCUCAUCCGCCAAGGACGUGCCUGCCGGCAGCCUGCGCACUGCCCUCAGCGAGCUCAAGAGGCUGAUACAGAGCAUCGUGGACGGCAUGGAGCCCUCGGGUGCCCGGAGAAUGGAUGAUGAGUCAUUAGAAGAGCAGAUAAGGCAAACCAGUGAGGACUCCAGAGCCCUGAGAGAGCUCAUGGAGGGAGAGAGGGGUAAACUGAGGCAGAGCCUAGAAGAGCUGCAGCAACUCCACAGUCAGGUGACGCUGCUGAGUGUGGAGAUGACCGCGCUGAAGGAAGAGAGGGACCGACUCAGAGUGACAUCUGAGGACAAGGAGCCCAGGGAGCAGCUGCAGAAGGCCAUCAGGGACCGGGAUGAGGCCAUCGCUAAGAAGAAUGCUGUAGAGCUGGAACUUGCCAAGUGCAAGAUGGACAUGAUGUCUCUGAACAGCCAGCUGUUGGAUGCCAUUCAGCAGAAACUGAACCUCUCACAGCAGCUUGAGGCUUGGCAGGACGACAUGCACAGGGUCAUUGACAGGCAGCUGAUGGACACGCACCUGAAGGAACAGAGCCGGCCUGCUGCGGCCUUCUCUAGGGGCCACGGCGUCGGGCGGGGGCAGGAACCCAGCACCGUGGACGGCAAACGGCUCUUCUCCUUCUUCAGGAAAAUUUAAGUGGGGAGGAGUCAGGCCAUGGAGGAUGGAGAGGCCGUUGAAGAGGGUCUCCCGUCAGCUUCAGCUGGAGCCCGUGGGUUCCAGUGGGUUCAUUGCCUUUUGUUAGUGUGAUGGAGACCGAGAAGUAGGGCCUGCCUUGUCCUCUGAAGGCUGCUCCCUGCCAAGGGACAGGAAGGAAUCCUGUCCCCACUGCCCAAGCCAAGCCUCAGCCUGGGCUUCCCCAGGAUCCUGUUAGUGAGCAGGGCUCAUGCCACUGCUCAUGCAGUCCACUGACGGGCUCUGCCACUCAGACCCAGCUCAUCACAGCCCACCCUAAAGGCUCUGCUGCCUCCUUGGACUUUGACCAUGGGGACAGACUGAGGCCUCCUGUGCAUGCCUCAGGAGGCCCGAGCCUCCAUUCCUGCCCCAGCCACUCGCCUGGAGUAGGGGAGGCACAGCCCCUCACCCAUGUGCAUGCACCUCUGCCGGAGUGAGUCCCUGUAUGGCAGGAGCCCCAGCCUAGGGCUGUAGGGCCUAAGAACCGGGUUACCCAAUCUCCGCCGAGGCCAUUCUGUACCCCCAGGGAAGGUCCUGUCUUCUGGCUGCCUCCACUCAACUUCCUCCAGGGCAGACAGUCCUUACCCCUAGUGAGGCCUGGGCCUGGCAGCAUUCCCACUGGCCCUCUAGAGGCUUUAACCUUCCAGACUUUUCCCCUCGUGGGGUAGGGCUGGGAGAGCACUGGUCUUCCACAGCUCCCUCCCACCUCAAAUACAACCUGGCCAAGUCGAGCAAGUUCAGGCCACAGGAUGGCCUCCAAGGGGACUAGUUUAACCACCCACACACGGAAGGCAGCGUGGGUGCCACAGGGUGGAUGGGGUAAGGCUGCUGUGAGCCUCCAGAUACUGCCCACCAGGCCUACAGGGGACAAGGCCUGCAGCCUGCUGCUUCUGCUCCUCCCGCAGCAGCCAUCCCGAUCCCUGCUGAGGCCCCAGCUCCGAGGCUCUGUGGGCCCAGCCUGCAGCUGCUUACCACUCACGAAGCCUCCUGCCCUCCACGGGGAAAAGCACAGCAGGGCUGAGCAGAAAGAAUGUACUUAUAGAUAUGUACAUACCACAGUGCUGUAAUUUUGUAUGUAGCAAUUGUGUAAAUACACGUAUGGAUUUUAUAAUACACAUAUAUAAAUCUAUAAAGGCAUAUUUUUAGAAAAACAGCGCACCACUGCUUCUUUUGAAAAUAGUCUAAGAAUAAAACUAAUUUCUACAGA